AUUGGUCUAAUUAAAAUUCAAUUCAUUGUUUGGUUUCGAAGAUGGUGUCAAAUUAAUCACUGUUUGUCAUUCUGAACUGACAUUGUUGGCUACUCUGCCUUUGCAUAACUGCAUCAUAUGCACUGUCAGUACAAUACAUAUUUAAGUGUCGCUUCUUUUCGUUCAUUGCAAUUGUAUUGACAGCAUAGUAUUUGGAGUUAGCGUCGGUGCAGUACUGAGACUCAGCUAGAGUCUAACUGACGCCUUUCCUUACGGGUGUACUUAAGACUAGUAGUAGUAGUAGUAGUUACAGUUGGUUAGUAAAGUAGUUACAGUUGGCUAGUAACUGAAACUGGGUAACGAAACAUUAUAUUUCAGACAGUGGCGUAGCGAGGGGGGUGCGGACCGCACCGGUUGACACCAUUUUGGGGUGACACCCAAUUGACAAUUGAAAAAUUGCAUAUUUACAGAGCAAUCUGAGCACACACAACCGAGAUUCAUAAACGUAUAGUAUAACCGAUCACGCUUACAUUUUUCAUAAAUGUAACCAAUCCAAACUCAAAGACAUGGAUGGUUUGGUGAUAAAACCACGAUACUGUACGUGUAAUGGUUAAUGACAAAAACUGGCACAUUUUAAAAGAUGCACUAGAUACGUACCUCAUACUCAUAUACCUUUAGGGAAAUUUUUUCGGUCUGAACCUAUUACUAUUAAUAUAUGAAGCACCUCGUUUCAGAACAAGGACGGACUAUUCAGCGUAGUGACAAGGCUAAAUGCAAAAUCUAAAGGAGGUGUUUGCCAGCUAAAAAAAUCAAUGGAUCUAAGGGAUGAUUCAAAAUGGCAAGAAAAUACUGCGGUCGUGGAUGGUUUAUUCACUCGUCAGUCAGAAAUUGUAUUGUUUUUGCUGCAGAUUGUUUGCUGUUAUUGUUACAGAAACAUCUUCCACAUUUGUUACUGGCUUUGGUAAGUGGUGGAAACUGAGCCCAAAAUUAUAAAACCAUGAGACAUUGGAAGAGCAACUAAUGUUGCCUUGAAAAGUUGAAAGCAUUGGCAGCAGGACUUAGGAUACACAAAACAAUUGAUAAUUGAUACCCAAAGUAUUGCUGUGAUUGACAGGGAGAAGAAAAAGUGGAGGGAUAUCCUGCACAGGUUGCUGGAUAUCACAUUGUUUCUUGCAAAACAAAAUCUUGCCUUUCGUGUCCAGAACGAAGUUGAGUCUUUACUUAAUUUUUCUUGAAAUGGUUGACAUGUUAUCUAAAUAUGACCCAGUGCUAAAAGAGCACCAAAUGAGACUAAAGACGAGUACAUCUACAGAAAAAGCAUCCGCAUCUUACCUUACACAAGAAACCCAAAAUGAUUUUAAAAAUGUUUUCGCACAUCAUGUGAAUUAGAUUCUUUUCAUGGAUUUAAAGGCUGCAAGGUAUUUUGAAAUUAUGUUCGAAAGUACACAUGAAAUUUCACACAGUGAUCAGAUUUCCGAAGUGAUCAGAUAUGUGAAAAUCAACAAUGGGAAAGUUGAAGUGAGAGAUGUGUUCUUGCAUUUUUCCCGUUAAGAGGGAAAAAGCUGAUGACCUCAGCUCUGAAAUUCUUAAAAAUCUAAAACUUUAUAGACUAGAAAUGAUGAUGUUCAGAGCUCAAGGUUACAAUAAUGCUGCCACAAUGUCUGGAAUCCAUGGAGGUGUUGAGGCCAUUAUGAAAAGAAAUAUUAAAAGAAUGCAAUUUUUAAUAUAUGUGUGGGCAAUUCACUUAACUUGUGUGGUCAACACUCUUUUACAAAAAAUGCUUCAUGUAUUUACAUUUUUCGGUACUCUUGAAAGAAUAUUUUCCUUGUUUGCUGCAUCCACUCAUCGAUGGAAUGUUCUAAUUGAACACACCACUGGGAUGUCGGUGAAAAGACUGUCAAUAACGAGUUGGAGAGCUCAUCAUGCUGCUGUUAAAACAGUGAAAGAUGAGUUUGAUGAAUGUGCGGCGGUGAUUGAAACUCUGUGUAAUCCUCUUGAAUAUUCAGAUACAAAAGGUACAGCACAUGGUCUUUUACAUGCUGUCUGUGAUUUCCCGUUUAUAUGCUACCUUUACCUUUGGGCUUAUCUACUCGAGGAAGUUAAUCUUACACAGCAGUAUCUGCAAACUAAAGGCUUUGCUCUUGACAAAGUGGUGAGAAACCUAGAGGCCUAAAGAUUGUUUCUCCACGUGAAGUGCCGUCACUUGGUGUAACAUGCUAUUGAAAAGGCACUUUUAAAAUCAGACCAAUAUGGAAUUUCGGUAGAGAGAAGAAUAAGGUUGAAGAAGAGAAUGGCAGGAGAAUAAUUAUUUGAUGCUAGACUCUUUCUGCGAGAAGAAAACAGUAGGGAGAUCCUGGCUUGUAUUGAUCGCUUUCAUUCUGAAGGCCAGAUCAGAUCAUUAGCGACCAAGGAAGUAGAAGAUAUGUUUGGUACUGUUUGACACAAGAGUCUAGUAUCAGCAAGUGAAGAAGAGUUAUUGGUUUCCGUUCCAAAAUUAACCUCUUUCUAUGAUGAGUCAUUAGAAGAUGAAUUUUUAAAAGAAAUACCAAAGCUUAGAAGAGAUCUAAAGGCAGCUGAUAUUGAAUUUCACAAAUUCAAGGACUGGUCAGUAUUUGAUGUUUUGAAAUUCAUAGCUGAAUGGGACCUCCUAGAAUCUCCUCCAAUACUCUCGCUAAGCUUUUAAUUUUUUUCUUACAAUAUGUGUGUAUGUGGCUUCUUGCGCCCGGAGCUAAUCAAAACUAAGCUUAUCAAGAAAUAUUUAUGAUCCACCAUGGAAAAGUCUAGGCUGUCUGAUGCUGCUCUGCUAAUAAUUGGAAGUGAUACAGUGAAUGAAAUUGAUUUCGAUCAAGUGAUUGACAGGUUUGCAGCUUUGAAGACACUGAAAGGACAAUUUGAAAUAAAGUAAAUUGAAUGUAAAAAUAACUAUAACUUAACGUUGUUGCAGAUUUAAAGACAUUGACCUCAUGACCUUCGAUGUAAUUGAUUUUGUUCUUGUCAUUGUUAUACAGUGUAUUUAUUUUAACAAGUAGAAAUCCAUCAUUGAAGUUUUUUUUAAGGGAGGGGGGGGGGUGUGUGACACCAUGAGUUUACCGCAUCGGGUGACACCAACCCUAGCUACGCCACUGAUUUGAGAUACAGUGUUCAUUGCAGUCUAUAUACUAGACCGUGGACAGUCCAAGUCUUGAAAAGUUCAGUAUCUAAAAUAUACAAGGAACAAUCCAUGUCAGACGUCAGUCACCAAAUUGAAAUAGUAAUAAGUAAUACUAGUAAUAGUAUAAUGAUGAUCGUUAAAAUUUUGUCGCACUAUUUAGUAGACACCCUCAAAAUAGGCCUACAUCUCCCAAAUUUUUAUACACCACCAGUGUGACGCCAUUUAUGGAUGAAAUCCAUGUUCACUAUACUCAUAAACAUUAAUAUUACUAAAUAAACUUAAAAUUAAAUAAUAAUAAAGGUCAAAGGAUAUUGCAAAAAAUAAUUUUGAAUAUACAAUAUACUGUAUUUUAAUUUUAACACUCUUAAUCUCUUUCUAAAAAAAUGUCAUUAAUUUAUGAUUGGGCCUUUAUAAAAUAUUAAACAAUAAAAUCAAUUAUCAUAGGCCCAAUAUCACAACAACACAAAAAGUAAAAACAAAAAAAGUCCAUGUCAUGCCCAUAACUAAGACUAGGGCUAGGCUAAAUUGUGUAGGCCUAUAACUAUAAUCAAUAGACCUAAGUACAUAAUUAUACAUUUUUAAAAUAGUUUGAAUCUGGAAUCAAUGAUCUGUCUAAUUUUAAUGGAAAGUGAGGUUGUAUCACAAAUCACAGCAUAUUAAUUUAAUAAAUAAUUUAUAUUAUUAUAAAUAGUAUGCAAAUGCACAAGCUGAAGUUUUAGUGAAUUUAGACUUAUCAGGAUUAGCUAUGUUCUUGGACCCUUCUUCUAUCUUUCCAGUUUCAACAAGAAUGACACUGAUUAUUAUUGUAACUACUGUUUGCUUACAUCUGGCCGUUAUCAAAACUCAUGGAUAUGUCAAUAACAUAGAAGUAAGAUCACCAGCAGGGACUUUCCAAGCCAUUGCAUUAAUUUCCCAGCAAGGUCACCAAUACACAGCUUUCUUGGGCAUUCCAUAUGCCAUACCGCCAUUAGGAGAACUGCGAUUUUCCAAGCCAAAACCUUAUCCAGUAAUACAAGUAAGAUUUGAUUGCAAACCUUGUGAAGGAUUUAAAAGUCUUUCACUUAAUCAUCUUGUUCUUUUUUUAAAUAAAAAAUCCCUGAGAACAAAUUUAAAUAUUUUUUUGGUUACCGGUAGUUUAAAAAAAUUAAAUAAUAAAAGGCAUUUUUCUCUCUGUACAGGAAAUCUUUGAAGCUACAAAGUUUGGUCCAAUAUGUCUCCAACCUAAAGGAGUUGAUUUGGGAAGUCCAGGUCAAGAAGAUUGUCUCUACCUUAAUGUGUUUAUUCCUUUCACUAAUAAAUCUGUAAGAUGUCAUCUAAUUAUAUAUAUAAUUGCAGUUUUCUCUUAUACUUAUUAAAGUACAACUCAUUGGCAUUUAUUCUCUGCCCUGCAAUAUAUUCUUUACAUUGAAUUAAUUUUAAUUGCGUUUAGAAACACUAGCAUGAUAUUCAAUAUGAUUUACUUUUAAAAAAAUAUAUAUAAACAAUUUUAGCUUAAUAUAAAUAUUUUUUUUUAAAAAUAGUUUUGGCCGUUUCUUUUUCAUUAAUUUUUUUAAGCUAUCCAAUAUUAUACAUUUUUUUUUCUCAUUUAAGAGUCCUGAUGUGAAUCUGAAGAAAGUUUUUGUUUUUAUUCAUGGAGGAUCAUAUUUUAUGGGAUCUGCUAAUGAACAUGUUCCUGGAGACUUGGUAGCAAUGGUAUAAAAUGUUGUUGUUGUUUUUUUUAAAAAAAGUCUCAGUGUAAAAAUGUAUAUGAGCAUUUUAUAACAAACAAGUUCAAAUCAUUUGUGUAUUGUUUCAGUAACAAAACUGGCCACUGAGAUAAAUUUGCAAAUGGUUGCAAUCAACAGUAAAAAAAAUACACAAAGUAAAAGAGAUGAAGAUUUAAUUGAAAGUCAUGCACAUUUUACUUGCAACCCUUAAAAUCUAACAACAUAAAUAAAAACAUGAUGUCAUUUGGUGUUCAUCGGAAGAUAAAAUUAGAUAAAAUAUUAAUAUUGUUAAAAAUUUUUUCAUAGAUUCAUUUUACAUAGAUUAUUGUUAUUAGCGUUUUAAAGUACCUCCAGAACUGAUAAAUCCCACCUUCUUACAAGGCUAUACCUCACGUAUGCUUUAGGGUGACGUCAUAGUUGUCACCUUCAACUACCGUCUCUCCUGGCUUGGUUUUCUCAAAGGCGACUCCCCUGAACUUCCAGGCAACCAGGGCUUAUGGGACCAACUCCUGGCUCUUACUUGGGUGAAAAACAACAUCAGAUCAUUUGGAGGUGACCCAGAUGACAUAACGGUGGGAGGAAAUUCAAUGGGAGGAGAAAGUGUUUCAGCUCUCAGCAUUAUGAAACCAGCCCAAACAUUGUUCUCUAAGGUGAGACUUACAAAUUGGAAUUAAAAGGGUUGAUCCUGCUGAAAGGGCCAUACAGGUGCUUUAAUGGGUCAAUAAAAUAGAAUGAAAUAGAAAUAAAUAUUAUCAGAAUUUUAACGGUGUAUUUUUAAAUUUGUAAUUAUCUGUAUUUGUAAGUACAAUUAUUAUUAUAAUUUGAAACUUUGAUUAAAUUGUGUGUAUAUAAGCUGUACUUUGUUAAUAAAGUAAAAAUGUUUGAUUUUUAAAAAAAAAUUGUCCAUUCCUUGACUGAAGGACCUUCACUUUUAUUUAAGCUCAAGUAUCCCCCUAAUAAGCUAAUCUUCCACCCAGGGCCUCAUCAUGAGUGGGACAAUGUUUACGUGUCCCUCAACUCCUGGGUCCUCUGACGUCCUGCUGGAGUUACUCACUGACCGUGUGGGCUGCAAAAGUGAUCCAGGGGGUCCCCGCAAUGUCAGUGAGAUUGUCCGGUGUCUCCGAGACCUCCCAGCAGAAAGUUUCAUACUGCCCCUUGAAGGCCAGUACACCAACAAGUUUACCACCAUCGAUGGAGAGCUCUUCCCAGCCCCAAUAACCACUUUGGUAGAAGAUCUGAGUUACCUGAAAAGUGUAGGGUUCUAUGACAGAGACUACAUAGUGAGUCUGACCAGCAAUGAAGGAGCCAUAGAAUUUUUUGGACCUUUUGAUUUACAGAUUAGUAAGAAAAAUUUAUCUUAAUGAAUAAUGAAAUUAUUUAAAUGAUAAAAUUUGAUUUUAUUUUUUGUGCUUUGUGUUUUUAAUUAGUAGGUUGAUAGUUUUAAUUUAACUCCCUGCCUUAGGUCAGAUUAUUGUUUUGUUGGUAUUUCCUUGAAAAAUUUUAAAAGAAUGACAGAGUCGUGCAGUGUGUAGAAUUUAAAAAAAAAAAAAAUUAAAGAAAUAAAAUAAAAAAUGUAUUUUUAAUAUCCUGUUAUUUGAAUGGGACUUUUUAAAUUAAUGUCAAAUUUGCUUGUUAAAUUUUCUUAUAGUGUGAAGAAAAAACGCUCUUGACAUAUUUUCUUAGUUCUUGUAGCUCGGUUUUUAUUUAAAUGUCUAUUUUUAAAAAAACUUUUAUGCUUAAUGUCAGUAUGGAUUGUGACAUUAUAUUGUUGCACGCUGCUUGUUUUUUAAUGCUCGAGGCUAGUCUUGAUUGCUAGAUUAGCUGUUGAUCCUGAUUGUCAAAGGGCCACAGUAGUAUUUUAUGUAUUCUUGAUGUAAACAUUGUAUCUGUGAUAUCUUGUGUUGUUUUGGAGAAGUGUAUGCAGAUGUUUUAGUCAGUUACAGUGUGGUCUAUGGGUGGAUAGGUUGAUAUUAUUUCUUCUAACAAUUUUUCAUAUCAAGGUAAUUAUAUUUGGACCAGAUUAUAUGAGUUUUGAAGUUAAAGAUAAUAUUGUUCCUUUUAGGUGAUAAUUUUAUUUACUGUCAAUUUACUUUUUACUGCUGACCAUGUGGAAAGAAUCAUUGUCUUAUAAUCAUCCACUAGACAAACAAGAGAGACUUAUCACUCAAUGAUAUUUUAACUUUAUAGAUUGGAACAAAACAAAGAUGGUAGUUAAUUAUUUAAUUGCAAUGUUCAAAAUCACCUGGCCUCCCUCCUGGGGGAUUUUUUCUUUUCCUCCCCUGCCCAUCCCCCUUCCAACAAAGGGGAAAAGGGGGGGGGGGGGGACACUUAAAAUUCUCCUUCACCAUUCAUCUCAAUCUUAUUUUGACUAAAAAAGUCCCUUCAUCAUUCAUCCCAGUCUUAUUUUGACUAAAAAAUUCCCCUUCGUCACUCAUCCCAGUCUUAAUUUGACUAAAAAAUUCCCCUUCAUCAUUCAUUUCAGUCUUAUUUUGACUAAAAAAUUCCCCAUUGACCAUUCAUCUAAGUCUUUUUUUUACUACAAAAGUCCUCUUCACCAUUCAUCCCAGUCUUAUUUUGACUAAAAAAUUCCCCUUCAUCAUUCAUACCAGUCUUAUUUUGAUUAAAAAAUUCCCCUUCAUCAUUCAUCCCAUCUUAUUUUGACUAAAACAUUUCCCUUCACCAUUCACCCCAGUCUUAUUUUGACUAAAAAUUUCCCAUUGACCAUUCAUCUCAGUCCUUUUUUUACUACAAAAGUCCUCUUCACCAUUCAGCCCAGUCUUAUUUUGACUAAAACAUUCCCCUUCGUCAUUCAUCCCAGUCUUAUUUUGACUAAAAAAUUCCCCUUCGUCAUUCAUCCCAGUCUUAUUUUGACUAAAAAAUUCCCCUUCGUCAUUCAUCCCAGUCUUAUUUUGACUAAAAAAUUCCCCUUCACCAUUCAUUCCAGUCUUAUUUUGACUAAAAAAUUCCUCUUCAUCAUUCAUCCCAGUCUUAUUUUGACUAAAACAAUCCCCUUCACUAUUCAGCCCAGUCUUAUUUUGACUAAAACAAUCCCCGUCACCAUUCACCCCAGUCUUCAACAAUUUUCUCAUUUUCAUAUGCAUCAUUUGUCUCCAGAUCCAGAUGAAAUUGACGCAGAUUUUUUCAGCAAAAGGUUUCGCAUCCCUCUCAGAAUUGCGUCACAGAUGCUAAAAUUGUACAAGAAUCCUGGUUUUUACAAGUACAAUUCUGGCUAUGAUGCAGUGGCUGACCCAGUUAUGGUGAUUCCUACAUUCAAAUUUCUGGAAUCUUUUGCAGCAAAUCGACAAGAAGGUUAGUACUGGAUUUAAUAAGGGGCUGUAUUAAUUUUGUUUGCAUGUUGUGUGGUUUUAAACCAUUGGGUAAUACCUGACUUGACAUCCAGCCACUCAGAGGUAGAAAAUAACAUUUUGGUUGCAUCAAGCCACUCAGAGGUAGAAAAUAACAUUUUGGUUGCAUCAAGCCACUCAGAGGUAGAAAAUAACAUUUUGGUUGCAUCAAGCCACUCAGAGGUAGAAAAUAACAAACUGUCUCAGGUUAAGGGGCUGAGUUGUCAGAGUGCGAGGUAGUUGACUGAGUGGGAGAUAGUUGGCUGACUGCGUGAGAGUUGUCUGAGUGGGAGGUAGUAUUUUUUCGGUAGGUUUAGUGGGGGAGGAUGUUGCGUUGAAAUAACUUAGAUGAUAUAUUAUAUUUUUAACAUGGCUAUUAUACUGAAACCACAUAUGCCAUCUUAUUUAGCCUCAAAUGUUUCCGAACCCACAUAAAAGUGUUGGCAACAUAACUAUUGGACAGUUCCAUUGAUAUAAGAUACACGCUUUAUUCAAUCCUUGUUAAUGACUGUUAUUUCUAUUAUUAUAAAAUCCAGCCAUGGUAAUCUGCACAUGCAAAAGAUGUACAACAACAACAACAUUCUUAUAUACAAAACUUUUGCCUGACCCAUUACGUUUUUUCUGUUUCAGAUGUGAAAGGGAAGUCAUACUUUUUGUGGUUUGACCACAGCCCUACUUUUAUGCCUCUUACCAUCCAGGGAAUGGUGCAUGGCUUAGACCUCACCUACCUGUUUGAUCUCCAACCAAAAGAAAUUCUCCACUUCUACUAUGGUUUACAGGUGGACAAAGGAUUUGAGCCUGAGGAUUAUGAUCUUAAAAACCUCUAUAAUGCAAUGUUAACUGACUUCAUGAAGAAAGGGUAAGUGCUGGGGCAUUAGAAUUUAAUGUGUGAAAAAUAAAGUGGUUCAUCACAAUGUGCAGCAAUGUUUUAAUCUGUAUUAAUUUAACACUGUACGAGUGCAGUGUCAUUUAAUACAUUGUGUUUGGCUUGCUUGGUGAGGUCAAAAAAAAACAAUCCUAUACAUGGGAAAGAAAAAUAUAAUGACUUAUAAAAAUAGAAAAUUCUCACCAAUCAAGAACUAUAGAAGUUAUACAAAGACUUUUAACUGUAGUAUAAGUAGGGACUAAGUAAAAAGCCUGACUGCGCAGGAUGGAAAACUUCUGGAGAGCGCCAGAUUUUUCAGUCUGGUACAGUUCUCAUGAUUUCUGCCUCUUACUCUUACUUUUGAACCCAUAAUUUAGAAAUUAAAUAACUCAUUAAGAUUUUAGAAUUGGGCUGUGUCCACCUCACAGUUGUUAUGUGGAGCUGCCUGGGAACAUUAUCAAAUGAGACCCUCAGAUUGCUUUGAGUGGACAGACCUGAUUCUUAACAACCAGACCAAACUGAAUAUUUAUCAAAAGCCAAUAUAAAAAUGAUUUGCUUUUCUCCUUCCAUCGUCAGAGACCCUGGGCUCUCCUUAAAACAGAAAUUCGACAUUACCUGGCCACCAUUUGAUCUGGAAGCGGAGCCUUACCUCUGCUACGGACCCACUCCUUCAGUUAGGCAUCGCCCCAUUUUUAAACGUAGACAACUCUGGCUUCAAUUCCUGCCCUAUCUUUUGUCGGAGCAUUCACAGGAAAAAUUGAAAGAAGAGCUGUAAUGACAUUAUCGAUGUCCAUGUUGCUGAUAUGAUAUCGCCCAGCUGCAGUCUCAGGAAUUUUUUUAAGGUAGGAAUGAGAUCUCUCAAUGGAAGUAACGUCCAAUAUGAUGUCUCCCGGUCUGGUGGCACCACUUGAACCACUGCGGCAACGUCCAAUUUGAUGUCUCCUGGUUGGUUGGCACCUCCUGAACCAGUGCAGUGUCCAUUAAUAGAAAUUGCACCAUAAACUUUUGUUGAAUGUCUAUUGUAAACAGAGCUAACAGAGAUCUUGUAUCAAAAUAUUAUAUUCUUCAGUAUUACUUGUGGGAAAUGAUUUGUUGUGAAACGUAUUGUACAUUCCAUCCAUUUUUCAAAAUGUUAAUAAUAUCCCGAUUAUUGUGCUAAUUUUACAAAACACUUUUUUAAUGGCCACUUCUAAUUCUAUUCCCAUGGUAUUUAAAUGAAUCCUAUCAGGUGUACACAUCUUGAUGAGAUUUUUUGUGUAAUUGAGCCAAGUGCCACUUGAAAUAUAGUGUGAUAGUCAGCAGUCAAACUGGGCGUCCCUUUUGUUAACAUAACAUAAAAUGUUCGUUUCAUAAGUUUCAUUUUUUUUUAAACCUUGAGUUGUUGAGACUUGAAGGAAAGUAAUUUUGUAUAUUUGUAGAGACAUGAGCGAUUACAAUUAGAAGCUUAGUCGAAAGCCAAAUUUGAUAGUCUCUUUUCAGUUAAUGUCAUUGAAAAGUAACUUUUCUGCUAAGAUAUGUGAAUGAAUAGCAGGUCAGGCCCCAUUUUAAGUGACAUGGUCCAAAUGCCAGAAGGCUGUUAUCAGUGAAUAAAACCUGAGUCAGUGAGAAUUAAAGGUCACCACCAUAAGAAAUAUGAUCUUAACACUUUUUAAACUGCAGUUGUUGUACAAUUUGUAUGUUGUAAUAUGAGUUUUUUGUAAAUCAAUGUUUUCUAAUGUAUUUAAAAAAUUUUUUUAUUGUAACUUUGUUUGCUAUAUCAUGAAAAAGAUUCUUAUAGAAACUGUGGACUGGUUGAUAUUGCAUGUCAUUGGGUUUAAUAUUUUUUUAAAAACUAAUAACCAGAGAAUUAUUACAACACUGUAACACUUGAGAAAGAGUAUUUAAAUGUAAUGAUGCCAAGUCAGUCUACAGUCUACGGGUGUUAAAAUGUUAUAAACAUAAACAUGAAAUGUUUUUGUGAAAGACGUCUGAGUAAAGUUGCUCUGGAACCUUUUCAUGCUCUGGAGCUGGUUCGGACCCACCAGUCGGUAAAUUUUUACCCCAGUUGUUAAAAAUGUG